UCCCAGGUCACCAUCAGGCAUCGGAGUCUUCGCAGGUGAGGACGACCGGAGGCUCCGCAGCGCUUGUCACAGUUUCUAGACAACAGGGCACUUACACAGGCCUUGGGCACCAGAGCAGGCUCUGUGCCCCAUCGAUAUGGCUUCGUCGGGCUUCUCUUGCACGCACUGCGGCAAGGCAUUCAAUGGUCCCGUGCCCUUCUUCGCUCACCUGCAAAGCGACAAACACCGCAAGAAGGCCGCGCUGACACAAGUCGGGAGUGAUUUGUCCUGUGGAGACAGCACCGAGAUGACACCCAGAGCGCCUCCGAUGAGGCGUAAAAUAUGGAAGCCUAUAAUUUGUCGUGUCUGCAACGUCCCUUUGAACUCAAAAGUUUCCGUGGAAAUCCAUAACAAGGGGAAAAAUCACCAGCGCAUGCUCAGGAACGAAGAUUACCGUGGUCAACUUGUGGCCCCAGGGAACGCCGCGUCCUCGCGAGCUGGGACAUCGUCUGGUCGGUCAGAAGCGGCGCAGAGCGAUCCUUCUGUGCCCGCUUCCGAGAAGCAGUCGACAACGGUCGAGCCGGGGGUCAUCGACCUCUCGUGCGAGCGUUGCGGAAUCGUGCUCUUCAAAAGCAUAGAACACAAGGUGGAACACCUGCGGAUUUGUCCCCGCUUCAGCAGUCAGUGGUGGAGCGUCGUGCAGUCGAGCGACGAUGAAGAGUGGGACGCCCUGCUGGGGCUGAAGAAGCUUACCGUCACCCAGAAUCCGUAGGAUGAGCCGGCGAGGAUUGUGGAAGAAUGCUUGAGCGGGUUAUUCAAAGUCCAGAAGGUGAUGGCUCUAUUCGCGGAUUGUGCAAUUUGUCAUCGAUAGCGGUGCCCCGCAGUCGUUGUAGGAUACCAUUCCUCCGUCACCUUGUGCGGCCUACAUUCUCAAGCAGAUCCGCUAUAUCCGUGUCAACAACAACGACAGAUCAUCCGAACAGCCAUCGCCGGCCGAGCCUUCCACAAGUCCAAACUCCUGAGUUUUCUUUCCUUUUUUUCCCACUUUUCCCGCCUUUAAACCUUAAGUGCGCAGAAGCACUGUCAUUUUCUCUGCUCUUUCAGUAUUCCCAUGCUUCUUGUUCUUUUUCUUUUAAUUUUGUAAUAGCAGGUGUAUUUUGACUUCUUCCUGUUUGAGUGAGGAAUCAAUAAACCCGGUCUCUUUUGA